AUGGUUCAAUACAAGCUUUCAUACUUCCCACUCCGUGGAGCUGCUGAAGUCAUUCGUCAAAUCUUCGCUGUUGCCGGAAAGGAAUUUGAGGAUCAUCGCAUUCCAAGAGAACAAUGGCCAGCAAUUAAGCCAACAACUGUGUUCGGACAGCUUCCAAUUCUGGAGGUUGAUGGAAAGCCACUAGCUCAAUCGCAUGCCAUCGCCAGAUAUCUUGCUCGCGAAUUCGGUUUGAACGGAAAAGGAGCUUGGGAAGAAGCGCAAGUGAACGCCGUGGCUGAUCAAUUCAAAGAUUACAUGGCGGAAAUCAAGCAAUUCCAAAUGGUCGUUAUAGGAUUUGCUGAAGGCGACAAGGAAAAAUUGUACAAGGAAGUGUUCGCGCCAGCAUUCCAGAAGCACUUCAGUUUCUUCAAGAAGUUCCUCGACUCGGCAAAGAGCGGAUAUCUUGUUGGAAGCUCGCUCACCUGGGUUGAUCUUCUCAUUGCGAAUCAUAUCGAAACGCUCGCUGCCAAGGGCGAGAAAGUUCUUGAUGAGUUCCCUGAAUUCGUCGCCCACCAGAAGCUCGUACAUUCCAACCCGAACAUCAAGAAAUGGAUCGAAACUAGACCAGAAACACCAUUCUAA